AUGGACCUGCGGCACAAUGCAGAUACAGAGACGGUGUCAGAACUUUUCCCCACUUCUAGUUCGAAGGAAUUACGAAGCAAGAAAACGGAGCAGGAGAAAUUGUCUGGCGUUGUGAAGAGUGUCCAUCGAAAACUUCGAAAGAAAUACAUUGAAGUGGGAGAUUUUGAGAGGAUCUGGCGUGAACACUGUGAAGAUGAGCAGACCCUAAGUGAAUAUGCCAUGGCCAUGAAGAGCCUGGCCCGUAACUACUGGCCCAACAGCUGUGAGGGAGAGGGCCGGAUUGAAUGGUGCCGUAGUGUUUGUCAGGAGUACUUUCUGGACGGAGGCAUGAGGCGAAUGUUGGAGAAAGAUGAGAAGAUAGCGUGGCACGCCUCAGUUCUGAAUGGUGCCCCCCUGAGUACCCCUCCACUUUCUUCAGUUGUCUCCUUUGGACAAAACUUCCAGUCAGGGAAGAUGCGUUUGUUGGACGUGGGCAGUUGUUUCAACCCUUUCCUUAAGUUUGAAGAGUUCCUGACUGUUGGUAUUGACAUUGUGCCUGCUGUAGAGAGCGUCUAUAAAUGUGACUUCCUGAACCUGCAGCUGAAGCAGCCAUUGCAGCUGGCAAGUGACGCAUUAGAGGCCUUUCUGCGUCAGUUGCGCGGGCCCAUUGAGGCAUUGCCUGCACAGCUCUUCCACGUGGUGGUCUUCUCACUGCUGCUCUCUUACUUCCCUGCUCCAUACCAGCGCUGGCUGUGCUGUAAGAAAGCCCACGAGCUGCUGGCCCUGCACGGUUUGCUACUCAUCAUCACGCCUGACUCCUCCCACCAGGGCCGCCAUGCCCUCAUGAUGCGCAGCUGGCGCGUGGCUGUGGAGUCGCUGGGCUUCAAACGCUACAAAUACGUCAAGUUCUCUCACAUGCAUCUCAUGGCCUUCCGCAAGGUGUCCCCCACCACCAGCACUGACCUGGUGAGCCACAAUUACCCCAAGAUGCUCUACAUCCCGCAGGACUUCCACUCAUACGAGGAGGAUGGCUACAGCGACACACACGUGCCCCUGCGCUCUGAUUCUGAGGAUGACCAGCUGGCGUGCACCUUUGCCGAGCUGCCAGACACACCAUAUGACUCAGACUCAGGUGAGAGUCAGAGCAGCUCCGUUCCCCUCCAUGAGCUGGAUGACUCUGUCCUUCUACAGAGCUGAACCUUCCACACCGGCUUUACCACUGUCCUAACACCCCUGCCCUGCCCCCUUCUGUUCUCCACACCUGCUCCCCCAGGACUUCCACAGUGCUAAAUCCCCCACACCCUCCAUACCACUGCUCAGACCACACACUCUCUCCACUGCCCAGGCCAUGCCCCCCUGCCCCUACUUCCCAGACCAUGCCCUCUGUCUCUGCCUAGACCAUGACCUCUCCCUGCCUCCACUUUCCAGACCGCACCCACUCCCUGCCCUGCACUGCUUAGACCACAGCUACUCCCUGCCCCACUACCCAGCGCACACACUCUCCCCACAGUCCAGACCAUGCCCUUCCCCCACUUUCCAGACCAUGCCCUCUCCCCAAUGCCCAGACAUGUCAUCUUCCUACCCCCUGCUCCAGCCGCCCAGUGCUGCACAACCAAACACACUUGGUGCAUUCUCACCCCUCUUUUUUACACAAAUAAUGCGGUUUGCACCGAGAGAGAAAUAGAAAAUGUUUACAGGAGUGGGCAGCAUUUUUUUUCUUAAGCUGGUGGUUUUUUGUCUUGAGCUGGGAGGCACAACAUCUCACAUUCAAACACACAUAUUUACUUAUUUACAGAAAAAAACAAUAAAGUACAGCUUUUCUCUUAGAACAACUUGGCUUUGUAUGUUUAGCAGUUGACUGAUCCCAGGACAGAGGCUCUGCAUGUUAUCAACUUCUCAAAUGAACAGUACUCUGAAGUUUGUUCACUGCAGUCAGUAGUUGUAUGUGUGUUUUGUACCCUGAGCUGUUGUGUGGUAGAAGAGGCAGGUGCAGUUAGUGAGUCUAUUGUGUGGUAGAAGGCGCAGGUACAGUUAGUAAGUCUGUCAGGAUCUAGUAGUCUGACUAGGAUUUCUUGUUCUUCUCUUUCCAAAACCAGCUCUCUUUUCUCCGCUGUCUCUGAGCCAUAGGUCCUUUCUGAGUAACUGAAUAUUGCUCCUUACACAGACACUUACACAACCUUUUUAACUUUUAAACUGAUUUUACAAAUUAUCUUUAUAGCAUUUUAAGCUUUUUCAUAACUUAACAAGUGUGUGUCAUAGGUUUGCUAAUGUGGUUUUCUGAAGAACAGAGUAAGCUAGUAGUCACCCCAUAGGGUGAGACACAGCUCAGUGAGAAUUGUUAGAGGAGACUCCAGCUGCUGGGUGCCCGACCCUCCCCCUCUGGGUUUGGAUGCUCCCCUUUUCAUAGCGCCUGUUUGCAACUGAGCUUGUUGAAGAAGGCUGAGAUUAUUGUGAAUUCAUAUCUUAUAAAGGUUAACCAUGAAUAGACCCACUUAUGAAAAGAAAACACACUUUGAUUAUCUGUGUUUAUCAGACAUUCUUGAAUAUGCUGAUUGUUUACUUUGGAGGACUGUUUUCAAUGCAAAAUCUGAUUUCCAAACACAAUCUUACAUCAGUGUUUGAUUCUGAGAUGCUUUGUGUGUUAGAUACAGCCGACCGGGCUCUAACACAGGCUUUGUGUGUUAGAUACAGCCGACCGGGCGCUAACACAGGCCUCCAUAAAGGUUGGAGUUGUGCCGUGUGGUGAAUACCUUGCACUGAGCUUUUGUGUACUGUGACAUGAUUAACCUCAGUGAAGUUUUUGCACUAAUACUCCGCAGUCUUUGCUACUCUGUGCUGAGUGAAUUUCAACAAUAGCCUGUAUGCUAAUGAAGUAAGCGCUGUUAGAUGGGCAGUUUUUUUCUUAUGGGUUGUAGUAACACCAGGUUUACUCUAAUAGUUUGACAUGCUGCCAUCCUUGAAGGGUACCAUGUAGGAGCCCCCUGAUAACAGUUUAAGCACUUAAAACUGCAGUAUGUCAACAAUGAGAGACUGACAUUUUAGUGUGUAUUAGCACACUCUGCCAUGUGAUGUGGCAAUGCCACGAUGGAGGUAACAAAGCACAGAUUCCUCUUCUGGUUGUUAACAGUUGGCUGUUCACCUUGCAUCUGUAGUUUCUACAAAUAUCAAAUGAGCGUCCUCCCCAAAGACACUGUUCAUAUGUAGUCUUAUUGUUUUGUAGGAUGAGGUGUGUGUGUGUGAAUACAAUUUUUUUGUUUGGUUGGUUUUUUCUUUUCGGUGUGAGGCAUGUAGAGUUUUCCAGCCAGUUUUAGGUGGUGCCAAAGUAACGGGUCAAAUCAACAAGGCUUCUUACACAUUGUUCUGGUAAUUUGGUAAUAAUUACAAUAAUAAAGUAAGACAAUCAUUUUUUCUGUGUGUGUUUGUGUCUUACUCUUGACAUUGAAAUUCGACCAGUUCUCAUGGUGCCUCUGGUCCCAUUCCGGCCUCCAUGGUGAUAGUGAUGAGUCAUAGAUUAUGUUGCUAUGGUGAGCAUGAACUGACAGCUGUCUAAUUUCGUAUCGUGUCAGAUGAUCUUUGAUAGCAGUGUCAUUUCAUGAAUAUUUCAGUUUACCCAAAUUGCCACAAAUUAUUGUUGACCAAAAUAGCAUUACUGAUUCUGUAUGCAGAAUUCUUUCUAUGCAUAUUUGGUGUGCAGUCCCUGGAGGAAAGUAGAGAGGACAAUCCUAGU